AUGAUAGAAACAACUAUUUCUGAGCAAACCCUUUCACCAUCCUCUAGCGAAAUUAUGAGGAAGGCGACUAGGCUGGUCGAUCAACUAUUACUUAAAACUAGCAAUGAUUUUUCAAAUGGAGGAGCAGCUCUGUUGAAGCAAAACAAUGUUUUUGGCUCAAGAGUAGCAGUAGCGGAAGAAAAUAUGAAUUGCGAAUCAAACUCAAUCACGGACUCGGAAACAUUUUCAGCUUUAAAUAGUGCAAGAAAGAGUAUUCCGAGUAUUGAUAUAAUUAAGAGGCUUGCAGGACGCCUAAAGAACAAAGAUUCCGAUACUAUCAGUGAACUUAAUUUUCCGAAGAGAACAACGUCUAAUAAUCAGGAUGUUGGUGAUCACUGUUUCAAAAUGUCAGAUAACUGUAGAUCUAAAUCUGCUUCACCAACUAACGGUGAGAACAAAGAAGAAAACAAUAGUGGUUUAUCGCACGACUUUGCCCAAAUGAACGCGAAACUGAGUGAAAUUAAUAAGAGAGUAGAAAGUUUAAGUAGCAAUAUUGAAGAUAUACAAGAUACUGACCGAUUGGAAGAUGUAGGUUAUUCUGCUAAGGUUGAAAACAGAAGAGAUUUUAACGGAUUUGACGGUGAAGGGAAUGCAAAUCCUGGAGUUUACGAAGAGGAUACUGACGAUAAUUAUUUAAGCCAACUCAACGUAGCGGUCUUACAACAAGAAAGACUGAGAAUGUGGGCAAGAGAUAACGCAAAAUAUGCUUCAUCUAUAAGCAAUACAUCGGAAAGUGGUAAUAACCGAGAGUCGGAACAUAUUCCUUUUUCAGAUGUUUACUACACUCACCAAUCUUUCAAGUACAGAAGUGGUGAACUAACAAGUUCUAGUGGUAUCUUAAAUUCAAGUGUACUUUCUACAACGGCAUCUGGCACAACCGGCCAGUUUGCACACAGCAAUGACACGGCAAUAUACGAAGCUAAAUCGAACGUCAGAAACUGUGUUUCGGAAUUCUCUGGAACAACAAAGUUUUGCACUAAUGGCGAGAACUCAGAAAACAAGAAUUUAGAAGCUGGGGUUACCUUGGCAACAGGUUCUUUCGGGAGGAUCCCAGGUAAAUUUGCUGAACCUAAAGCUUUAAGGUUCAUUCGCGUUGGAAACCAACUAAGAAGAUCAAUAACAGUAACACCUUUGGUGGAGGAUAUGCAGAGAAUUUUGAGUAGGGAAGUAGUGAAUCCGAAUGUCUCUUUCAAUGAUUCCGAUUUUGAUUCAAGGAUACAAUUCAAUAGCAAACUAGAGAAACUAAUUAACUCUAACAUUUCACCUUUCAACUCCUCCAAAUCAUCAGGCCAAUUUUCAAAUAACAUGGUCAUUAUUACAGUAAAAGACAGUGGUAGCGGUUUUAAAAAACCCAUUAGGCCAAGGACAAUAGAUGACGCAGCAUCUAUAGAUAGUGCAGAAAGUGACAGAAACUAUUUCUUUAGUUGCAGAGAGUGUUCGUGGAACCCUGCUAACGCGUGCCAAAUUCAGUAA